GGCUUCGAACGUUUGAAUUUCUUCCUCCGUUCGGGUGACGUUCGUUUCUAGUCGAAGUGUAGCCGGGAGUCCAUACCCGCUACCGGUGGUUGCCCUUCCUCCACGGUAAUCGAUUGGAUGAACAAUGGCCUUUCUACCCUUGAGCUUCCGUCGUAAAGAGAAUAGGAAUCAGGCUUCUCCUCCAACAUCCAGAGACCUACAACGAGGCUCAUUUUCCGGAUGGCGUCUCUUUUACGCCCUUCUUUACCUUGCUGCCCUCAUCUUUCUCAUUCUCGUCGAGAUCGGAAAUGUCAGCGACAGACCCGUACUCCGAGACACAUACUUCCUUAAAAUCGAUCUAUCAGAGAUAAUACCCCGUUCCGUUCCGGACGCCGUCCUCAUCAACAGUAUUGCCCGGACGAUCGGGCUGCAUGAUUUCUACCAGGUCGGUUUGUGGAAUUUCUGCGAAGGAUACGAUGACGGUUCAGGAAUCACAUAUUGCUCAGCCCCGAGAAAGAUGUACUUCUUCAACCCCGUUGAGAUUUUACUGAAUGAGCUGCUUGCUGGGGCUACAAUUGCGCUCCCGGGCGACGUCACCCAAGCUCUCGACAUCGCACGUAUAGCAUCCCACUGGAUGUUUGGCCUCUUCCUUACCGCCGCCGUCCUAGCAUUCAUCUGUAUACUUCUCACCCCAUUCUCUGUCUCCACCACGAACCCCACCACUCCUUCUCCCUCCCCGUCGAAAAGACGAACCCAUUUCGCAAAGAAGCGAUACCUCUUCCCACUCACCCUUCUCACCUUCGCUACAUUUUUCCUCACCGCUGCCGCCUCCGUGAUAGCCACGGCAAUGUUCACAAUUUUCAAAAUGGUCUUCGUGAGAAACGAGGCAGAUUUGAAUAUCCACGCUCAGUUGGGCACCCGGAUGCUAGCGUUUAUGUGGACUGCUGUGGGCCUGACAGCUAUCGGGUUCAUUUUCCAUGCCGCCAGCCUGUGCGCGUGCUGUUGUUGCUGCUGCUGUGGCCCCAGGAAGAAAGCACGGGAAGAAAAAAAUGGUGUUGGCGGCGGGAAAAAGGGGCUGUUCGUGCGGAGAGAAAAUUCCUCCUCGUCUAGGCAUUGUGCAAGUGGCGGAGAGGAAAAAAGCAGCGAUACCAGGCGGAGGACCCAUGGCUGGAACAGGAUGAGGGUGGACGUUUAGAUUAUAUACCCUGUUGCAUUUUUUUUUCCCCCCCCCCUUCGUCCCCUUGCGAUAGAUGAGAAGUGUGAAUAAGACCGCCGGAAAGUACUCCGUACAGCAGAAUUCACCUUUUUACUAUCCUAUCCCUACUUGAUAUCUGUAU